AUGUCAGAAUUGGAUGACAUAUUUUCGUCAGUCAGUAAGAAAGUGAAUCCAAACCCUAGCAAGAAGCGCAAGAACCUACAAGACACAUCAUCUACCAAAGCCUCCCUAGCACAGGGUGAUGCCUCGUCGGAGCUUCGCGGAGCAAAGAAGUCCAAAGCACUCAAACAUGCACCGUCCGCGACAUCAGAGACUGGGAGCUCUUUUCAUGAUGUCAAAACCGAAAAGAAACUGAAGAAAAAGCAAGCUAAUCGAAAUGCUAUGGAGGCAGAUGAUUCAAACGCAGGUCAAGCACCUACCACGGCUAAGAAGGCCAGGGCAGUGCCUAUUGUUGUGCAUGAUGAAACGACAACAAAGGUCAAGAAGAAGCCAGCUAUUCCACGACCUCAAGAUGACGAUGACGCUGCUUUUGCCGACUCACGUGGCCAGGAUCGUACGUACACUAUGGGAUGCACUAAUGCAGGCAAACGCACUGAAGAGGGAUUCCGCGUCUUUACGGAGGAUGAGCUGAAACUGAACAAAGGUGGCGGUAUGUGUGACUUUUGCUCUGACGACAGGUACACCAUUGUGCCCAUUUGA